GCUGGGCUUUGUGCAGCGGCCUUUGUCAGGGGCAGCGGGAGCGGGGAGGCGGCGCGGCACCUCACCUCCGUCCUCCAUCCAUCCAUCCCCGGCGGCGCGUCCAGGUGCACCCCGUGCCCGCGCCCGGCCGCGGCAUGACGGCGAACGGCACGGCGGAGGCGGCGGCGCCCAUCCAGCUGGGCCUCAUCAACUGCGGCAACAAGUACCUGACCGCCGAGGCUUUCGGCUUCAAGCUCAACGCCUCGGCCGCCAGCAUGAAGAAGAAGCAGAUCUGGACGCUGGAGCCGGCCGCCGAGGGCUCGGGCGCCGUGCUGCUGCGCAGCCACCUGGGCCGCUACCUGGCGGCCGACCAGGACGGGCAGGUGCGCUGCGAGCAGGAGGCGCCGGGCGCCGAGUGCCGCUGGGCCGUGGUGGCGCACGACGACGGGCGCUGGUCGCUGCAGUCCGAGCCGCACCGCCGCUUCUUCGGCGGCACCGAGGACCGGCUGUCGUGCUUCGCGCAGGCCGUGUCGCCGGCCGAGAAGUGGAGCGUGCACCUGGCGCUGCACCCGCAGGUCAACCUCUACAGCCCGGCCCGCAAGCGCUACGCCCGCCUGGGCGCGCGGCGCGACGAGCUGGCCGUGGAGCGCGACGCGCCCUGGGGCGUGGAGGCGCUGCUCACGCUGCUCUUCCACGGGCCGCGCUACAGCCUGCAGACCUGCGACCACCGCUUCGUGCGGCCCGACGGCCGCCUCGCCCCCAGCGCCGACCCGGCCGCCGGCUACACGCUCGAGUUCCGCGGCGGCCACGUGGCCUUCCGCGACGCCGACGGCCGCUACCUCGCGCCCUCGGGGCCCAGCGGCACCGUCAAGGCCGGCCGCAGCGGCAAGCUGGGCAAGGACGAGCUCUUCGCGCUCGAGCACAGCUGCCCGCAGGUCGUGCUGCGCGCCGGCAACGAGCGCCACGUCUCCACGCGCCAAGGGAUGGACCUCUCGGCCAAUCAGGAUGAAGAGAGUGACCAAGAAAUCUUUCAACUGGAGAUCAACAAGGACACCAAGAAGUGUGCCUUCAGGACCUAUACUGGGAAGUACUGGACCCUCACCCCCAACGGGGGGAUACAAUCCACCGCCUCAACCAAGAACUCAAGUUGCUACUUCGACAUCGAGUGGUGUGACAGGCGCAUCACCCUGAAGGCCACGAACGGCAAGUAUGUCACAGCAAAGAAGAACGGGCAGCUGGCAGCCACAGUGGAGACGGCGGGUGAGACAGAGCUCUUCCUGAUGAAGCUGAUCAACAGGCCGAUCAUUGUCCUCCGCGGGGAGCAUGGUUUCAUCGGCUGCCGUAAGGUGACUGGAACCCUCGACUCGAAUCGUUCCAACUACGAUGUCUUUCAACUGGAAUUCAACGAUGGUGCAUACAAUAUUAAAGAUUCCACUGGGAAGUACUGGAUGGUGGGGAGCGACUCGUCCAUCACCAGCAGCAGCGAUACGCCCGUGGACUUCUUUCUUGAGUUCUGCGACUAUAACAAAUUGGCUCUCAAAAUCAACGGCAAAUAUCUGAAGGGUGACCAUGCCGGUGUCCUCAAAGCUUCUGCUGAUGCAAUCGACUCCUCUACCCUUUGGGAAUAUUAAUGCACUUUAGCUUUUCCCCCCCAUUGCCAACUUCUUUCUGUCUUUGGUUUGGUUUCUCCUCUCUUCUUUCUGUCUCUCCCUCUCUCUGUAAAAGGAUUUUCAGACUGGCUUGCUGCUCCCCCCCUACCGUAGAAUCCAAUGUCUUUUGUUGGAGGUAGGGCUUUCUUUUAUCUCUUAAAACUGGAUAAAUAACCUGGAGAAAAUGGUGCAACCUGUCCCUAGAUUUAGAAGCAUCUUUUUUUCAGGUUAGUUUGGCUUGGGGAAUUCUAGCUGCCAUACCCCACCCUGGCUCUGAGCAUCCUCCCUGUUUUCCCUCCUCCCCCCUUCUGAAAGAAAAGGGAAUAGCAUCAUCUCUCUGCUCUUGUGCCAUACAGAGUUAGUGUCACACUCCAAUCUCUACUGCCAAUGUCCUUGCCAGCUGCUUAAUCGAUUAAAUUAGCAAGAGCUAGCUUGGACAAGCUCUUGGAGUGUCAGUGACUCCUGCUUUUCCAUCAAACCAAGGGAGGUGAGAGGCCGUGGCGUUAAAAUCCAGCUUCAGGGAGACAUCAUCUUCCUUCACUUGGUUUUGAUGAAGACAUUUCUUCAGUCCCUUCUUUGGGCAUAAGAGGUAACCUUGCAUAUCAUGCCCCCAACCCUGAAGGGCUGGCUUCUGCCAGCAGAAACUCAACUGCAGGGCUAGUAAGCUUAAGUCCUCCUCCCUUUUAAAACUGGAGAUGCAUGCAAGUAGAGCACCUAAAACUGUUCCAAGGCCAAUACUGUCUAGAAGGCUUCAGGGGCUCAUCUCAGGAGCCCCCCCUCUCCAUGAACAGAGCUCUGGGUCUGUUCUGUUUGUGGGAGAGGAGCAUCAUGGAGCCUCUAACUGGUUCGGCUUGUUGGCUCCAUGAGAUUACUGCACCUCAGAGGCUACUGAAGCUGCCUUAUUGCUACUCCUGGAAGGGGACAGGUUCGUGAAAUUUGUUGCUAGGCACAUUAACUUUAAAUAGGUAUCCUCUUAACCAGUCCUUGCUUCUGCUCCCCUGCAGCCCUCCUGUCUGGAAGGCUGGGAGCCUGACUUCCCCAGCGGCUUUCUUACAUGGUGCUGAUUCACUCUCAACAAUGACUCCGGUGCGCGCCAUGGGCUUCUCGGCACCCUUCUCUUCCCCACUAACUGCAAAAGAAACAAUGUGCCUGGUAUGCUCAAGGACUGUCCCAGACUUACAGCCAUAUCUCGCUGCUUUUUCUUUUAACCGUUCAGAUUUAAGCCAGCUGGGCUACGGGAGCAUUGGUUGGAGAGGAGUGUAAAGCAGGUUGGCUGACACUGCUUUCCCUGGAUAGUAGCUGGAAGCAUACGUUGCAGAUCUCGGUUUACAGAGUAGAAACCUUCUUAGCAAACUUUGCACAGUGGUAUUUGUUCAGUACUUUCUUCUCAUACCUACUGGAAUAGCAAAAUCCUAAUCACUGAACGUCUUACUGUUGAAGCCUGUUCCUAUUGCUUGAGUCUGAUUUUAAGCGGUCUCCUCUCUGCCACCCUUCCCUGGGAGGAGAACUUUUUUUGCAUCGAUGGCAUGAAAACUUAGCAACAUUACUGGAAGCAGAAAAAUGACCAAAACAGUAUUUUUGUUAAUGUCUAUUUAUAUCUAUCUCCAUGGCACUAUGUUAUCAGCUGUCUGUUAGAAGUCCGCAUUAGUGUAUAACAAUGUGAACAUUUUGUAAUAGGUGAUGCUAAACUGUCCUUCAGGGUAUCAGAAGGCACUCUCCUUGGAGGCCACUCCUACAGGCGAAUUUCUUUUGGCCCCUGCAGAUACUCAGCCCGUUGUUGCCCCAGUUCCAGCCUGGAAGGGGAUGCAUACUGCAUCGCAGCCAUCAGUUGCUCUUUCUGUGGCUGGCUUCAACAAGCCAGACCAUGUUUCCAUGCCUUGCUGAGCUCCUAACCAGACAUGGUGCUUGUGGCUUCACUUGUAUGUCAUACUGAAGGCUAGUACCUCUUGCCAGAAGCAAGGUAGGGCCUCAAGCCUUAAAGCCAUAUGGCCAUUCCUAAAGUCUUUCUUCUCUAGGAGCUUGGUGCUAAAGUCUCUUCAGCCAGCAACUGGAGCCCUUGGUCUGAGUUCUGGGGCUGAGCCCUAAGAAGAAAAGGCAUCUCCCCCAUUUAGGACACCUGUGAUUUUUAAAGGAUGCCUCCAGCUUGGCUCCUUGCCCCUUCAAUUCAGAGGUGCUCCUUUCACACGGGCAGGCUUGUAAACUUUAAAAGCUUUUCUUGGGAACGGAGAUGCCUCCAAAAGGAACGAGUGUCUUCAUGAAACCCUGACUGACCCUGUGACUUGGCACACACUGCUUGCUGGCCCUGCUGUCCACAGUGUCUCCCUUCUUCCCCUUCCUAGUUGCAGUUUGAACCACGUAACUCCUGCUCUGGCUUCUUCCAUAUGUGACAGUAGGUCAAGAAUCUCCCUCAGUCUCCUUUAUCAGGUGUUGUGACUCUGAAACCAUCUCACUCUGAAUCUAAGUUUUGGGGUUUUUUUAUUUUUUUUGUAAGUGCCAUUUGUAUAACUUAAAAUAGCUUCAAGUGGAGAAAGAUAAAUAAAAACCUGCAUUCAGAUAUGAA